GCCCACAAAUCGCAACAUAACUCCGAUUCCAACAAUUUUGCGGCUCUUUUCUCCAUUUUGGAGAAACUCAUCGAAAGCGACGACAAGUUCGCCACUAAGGCGUCGGCCGCUAAGAAGAAGUCGACGAAUUUGGUGAUGACUGCCGCAGACAAUGACGAUGAGUGCGUCGGCGGUGCUGUUGGAGGUGUAGGUGUGGCCGGUGUGGCGAAUGUCAACUCCAAUCAGACACAGACGGAUGAGACGGACGGUUCCAAUAAGAGCGUCCAACAGACGAGUGGUGUGGCGUCCGGGCGCUCGCCGUUGACGUCUGCCUCCAAUAUAGCCAUCCCUUUGCAUAUCCCCGCCAGCAGUGGUGCCAUAAGGAAGAAGCCGCGCAAUCAGGAAAUACUCGAACUCUCGUCCAAAGCCGACAAUAGCGACAAUUUUGGACAUCCGUUGGUCACGGGAUCCGAACUCAUCCGACCGCUAAUGGCAGCUGAGGGCCGCUCCUCAGAGACAUCGGUUUCCAACACAACGGUUCCACCGAAGACACCGAUUCUGUCGACGCGUCCGCCAACCACUGGCUGGCCAUACGAAUGUGAUAGUGNUUUCCAACACAACGGUUCCACCGAAGACACCGAUUCUGUCGACGCCAACGCCUCAUCUGACGAUCAAUUGGCAGAAGCGGAUCAGACGGCCUCCGAGUUAGUCGUUUCCGAAGCCGAAGCCAUUAUUCACACCAAUAAUAGCGCCAAUAAUUGCAAUAUUAAUGGCAAUUCGUUGAAUACAAAUAACAAUCAAUCGGUGAAUCCGGUGAGCGCUCAGACAUUGGACACAACGCAGAGGUCGUCGACUACUGACGACAUAAAUAGUGUCGUCACUAAUGAUACGGCAGUGGAAGAGGAGGACGAAGACAACAUUCUGGCCAAUGAUCUAAAUGAGAGCUCAAUACGACUUAGUGGGGACGGGGAGCAGGGACUACGUUGGUUGGAUGGGAGGCCCGCACUGAUUGUGGGCUCACUCGCGCCCAACCACUUCACACCUGAUCCACGCAUCGGAGUCGAGACACUGGACGCCAUGCAGACCAUUGAGUACGAUCUGAACGUAUCCGGAGGUCUAAUGCCUCAAAUCAACGCAUUGACGGCUCCGCCGACGAGCGACGAGUCGAGCCGUCGCCGGAAACUC